CGGAACCGGGAGGCGGGCGGCGAGGCGGGCGCUGCGGGAUGCGCUCCCCCCGCCACCGCCGCCGCGGGGGCACCGGGCAGCACCCCGCGCCCGUGCCUAGGAUGCUGGCGCUGUGCCUGCUGUCCCUGGCCUGGCUCAGUGAGGGCUCCCAGCGCAGUGAGCCCAUGUUCACCGGCGUCACCCACCAACUGCUCCCGCCUGACUACGACAGCAACCCCACACAGCUCAACUACGGCGUGGCUGUCACUGACCUGGAUGCUGAUGGCAGCUUUGAGAUCGUGGUGGCUGGAUACAAUGGCCCCAACCUGGUGCUCAAGUAUGACAAGGCACGGGGCCGGCUGGUCAACGUGGCAGAGGACGAGUACAGCUCCCCUUACUAUGCGCUGCGGGACCGGCCAGGCAAUGCUAUCGGUGUGACAGCGUGUGACAUCGACGGGGAUGGCCGUGAGGAAAUCUACUUCCUCAACACCAACAAUGCCUUCUCUGGCAUGGCCACCUACACGGAUAAGCUCUUCAAACUCCGCAACGGGCGCUGGGAGGACCUGCUGAGCGACGAAGUGAACCGUGACGUGGCCAGCCGCUUCGCAGGGCGCUCUGUCGCCUGUGUGGACCGCACGGGGUCGGGCAGGUACUCUAUCUACAUCGCCAACUACGCCAGCGGCAAAGUGGGCCCACAUGCGCUGCUGGAGAUGGACGUGGCUGCUAGUGACCCUGCCCGUGGCAUCGUGGUGCUGGUGGACGUGGCCGCCCAGGCUGGUGUCAGCAAGUACACAGGGGGCCGUGGUGUGGCUGUAGGCCCCAUCCUGAGUGACAGUGCUUCUGACAUCUUCUGUGGGAAUGAGAACAGCCCCAACUUCCUCUUCCACAACCGUGGGGAUGGGACAUACCAGGACGUGGCAGCUGUGGUAGGGCUGGAUGACCCCUACCAGCAUGGACGUGGUGUGGCAUUGGCUGACUUCAACCGUGAUGGCCGUGUGGACAUUGUCUAUGGCAACUGGAAUGGGCCGCACCGCCUCUACCUCCAGGCAGGGGCCCCCGGGCGCAUCAAAUUUCGGGACAUUGCCACUCCCAAGUUCUCCAUGCCAUCCCCCGUCCGCACUGUCAUCGCUGCUGACUUUGACAAUGAUCAGGAGCUGGAGGUCUUCUUCAACAACAUUGCCUACCGCGGCUCCUCUGCUAAUCGCCUGUUCCGGCUCAUCCGCAGGGAGCACUCAGACCCCAUUGUAGAAGAGCUGAACCCGGGGGAUGCGCUGGAGCCCGAGGGACGGGGCACUGGAGGUGCGGUGACAGAUUUUGAUGGCGAUGGGAUGCUGGAUCUGAUCCUAUCCCACGGCGAGUCCAUGGCACAGCCACUCUCCAUCUUCAAGAGCACCCAGGGUGCUGGCAACAACUGGCUGCGGGUUGUGCCACGCACCCGCUUUGGGGCCUUUGCACGAGGAGCCAAGGUGGUGCUGUUCACACGACACAGCGGUGCCCACCUGCGCAUCAUCGAUGGCGGCUCAGGGUACCUGUGUGAAAUGGAGCCCGUGGCACACUUUGGACUGGGACGUGACGAAGCCAGCAGCCUGGAGGUGACGUGGCCCGACGGCCGUGUUCUGGUGCGAGCGGUGGCCAGCAGUGAGACCAACUCUGUCCUGGAGGUCCCCUAUCCACGAGACACAGAGAAACCACCGAUGCCCACCCUGCUGGAGUGCGGGCAGGGAUUCUCCCAGCACGAGAACGGACGCUGCGUAGACACCAACGAGUGUGCUGAGUUCCCCUUUGUCUGCCCCCGGGAGAAGCCCAUCUGCAUCAACACCUAUGGCGGGUACCGCUGCCGCAGCAACAAGCGCUGUGCUCGUGGCUUCGAGCCCAAUGAGGAUGGCACAGCAUGUGUGGGGACCACAGCAUCGUCCCCACACUGCAGCCCAGGACUGAAGCCCCAGCACUCCCCCCGCAUCGCUGGCUCCGUCGCCUCGAUCCCGUGCCAUGUGCCUGCUGGUUUGGCCUGAGCCAUGUGUGCUUUUCAAGUCCCCUCUGCUCGGGGGGAGGCAACCCCAGCAGAGGAGGCUCCCCCCAGCCUAUCAGGGGAAAGUCCCCUCAGUUUGUUUUUUAACUUCUUGACCCUGCUGUUUGGAGUUGGACCCUGCUCAGUCUUCCAGCCCAUCUCCUGGAGAACCCUCCCAAUAAACUAUACACUGUCUA